GGAAAAAAAGAAGCUAUUAUUAAUAGAUACUUCAAGUAAAAUUUUAUAUUCUGAGUGCUAAUGAACAUUACGUUUAAUUUGUUUUUAUCGAUUAUACUUUACUGGGCCAUUAAAACAAGUAGACAAGAUGCUGGUAAUUAAAAGGAAAAAAGAAACUCAUUAUAGUUGAAAAAAGAAUAGGAAACCCAGGAAUUUUAAGGGAAAUAGGACAGGAAGAUUUUUUUGCUUUUCAAGUUGUUAGAGGAAUAUAAACUCUAGUCUUUAUGCCCAUUAUCUUCUAGAAUUGAUUAAGGCUUUGAAAGCUCAUCAGUCAAUAAAGUUCAUAAUAAUACUUGAUAACAGCCCUGUGCAUAAAUGUAAAAGAAUCUUAAAAUUAUUGAAUGCAGUAUAAUUUUAUUUUUACCCACUUAUACACC